AGAUGGGACCGGCUCUGUACGGCGACGGCGGCGGCGGCAGUGGCCGGCGAGGUGGCUGAGGCGGCCGGACCAGGACCCGGACGGCUUCGGGGCUCUUGGGAAUCCGAGAGCGCGCGGCGCGGGCAGUUCGCUGUGUUCCCUGCGGGGAGCCGGGGCCCCAGGCCGACCCGACACGAUGAACUACCUGAACGUGCUGGCCAAAGCCCUCUACGACAAUGUGGCCGAGUCCCCAGAUGAGCUCUCCUUCCGCAAGGGCGACAUCAUGACGGUGCUGGAGCGGGACACGCAGGGCCUAGAUGGCUGGUGGCUCUGCUCGCUGCACGGGCGCCAAGGCAUCGUGCCCGGGAACCGCCUCAAGAUCCUGGUGGGCAUGCAUGACAAGAAGCCCGUGGGGCCCGGCCCCGGCCCGCCCGCCAGCUCGGCCCUGCCUCAGCCCAGCCUCCACGCCCCGGCAGCCCAGUACACACCCAUGCUGCCUGCCACGUACCAGCCCCAGCCGGACAGUGUCUACCUGGUGCCCACCCCCAGCAAGACUCAGCAAGGCCUCUACCAAGGCCCUGGGCCCGGCCCCCAGUUCCAGUCUCCCCCGGCCAAGCAGACAGCCACGUUCUCCAAGCAGAUGCCCCAUCACCCGUUUCCCAGCCCAGCCCCAGACCUUUACCAGGUGCCCCCGGGGCCUGGCAGCCCUGCCCAGGACAUCUACCAGGUGCCGCCUUCCGCUGGGAUAGGACACGACAUCUACCAGGUCCCCCCAUCCAUGGAUGCGCGGAGCUGGGAGGGGACGAAGCCACCAGCCAAGGUGGCGGUGUCCACCCGCGUGGGGCAAGGCUAUGUGUUCGAGGCCCCCCAGCCCGAGCAGGACGAGUACGACAUCCCACGCCACCUGCUGGCCCCGGGGCCCCAGGACAUCUACGACGUGCCCCCUGUUCGGGGGCUGCUUCCCAGCCAGUACGGCCAGGAGGUAUAUGACACGCCCCCCAUGGCUGUCAAGGGUCCCAAUGGCCGGGACCCAUCGCUGGACGUGUAUGAUGUGCCCCCCAGUGUGGAGAAGGGCCUGCCGCCGUCCAACCAUCAUGCGGUGUACGAUGUUCCUCCAUCGGUGAGCAAAGACGUGCCCGACGGCCCACUGCUGCGUGAGGAGACCUAUGACGUGCCCCCCGCCUUCGCCAAGGCCAAGCCCUUUGACCCCACCCGCCACCCGCUGGUGCUCGCCGCACCCCCUCCGGACUCGCCACCAGCCGAGGACGUGUACGACGUGCCGCCCCCGGCUCCUGACCUCUACGACGUGCCCCCCGGUUUGCGGCGGCCUGGCCCGGGCACCCUCUACGAUGUGCCCCGUGAGCGGGUCCUUCCUCCCGAGGCAGCCAACGGCAGCGUGGCCGACGACGGUGUGUACGCGGUGCCCCCCCCCGCCGACCGAGAGGCCCCAGCCGACGCCAAGCGCCUGUCGGCCUCCAGCACGGGCAGCACACGCAGCAGCCAGUCGGCCUCCUCCCUGGAGGCGGCGGUGCCGGGCCGUGAGCCCCUGGAGCUGGAGGUGGCCGUGGAGGCCCUGGCACGUCUGCAGCAGGGCGUGAGCGCCACCGUGGCCCACCUCUUGGACCUGGCAGGCAGUGCGGGCGGGUGUGGGGGCUGGCGCAGCACCUCUGAGCCUCAGGAGCCUCCGGCACAGGACCUGCGGGCUGCCGUGGCCGCUGUCCACGGGGCCGUCCACGAGCUGCUGGAGUUUGCCCGCAGCGCCGUGGGCAAUGCCGCCCACACUUCGGACCGCACGCUGCACGCCAAGCUUAGCCGGCAACUGCAGAAGAUGGAGGACGUGUACCAGACGCUGGUGGCCCACGGUCAGGCCCUUGACAGUAGCCGGGGAGGCCUGGGGGCCACUCCCGAAGACCUGGACCGUCUGGUGGCCUGCUCGCGGGCUGUGCCCGAGGAUGUCAAGCAGCUGGCCUCCUUCUUGCAUGGCAACGCCUCGCUGCUCUUCAGACGGACCAAGGCCUCUGUCCCCGGGCCGGAGGGGGGUGGCCCCCUGCACCCCAACCCCACCGACAAGGCCAGCAGCAUCCAGUCCCGGCCCCUGCCCUCACCCCCCAAGUUCACCUCGCAGGACUCGCCUGACGGGCAGUAUGAGAACAGUGAGGGAGGCUGGAUGGAGGAUUACGACUACGUCCAUCUGCAGGGGAAGGAAGAGUUUGAGAAGACUCAGAAGGAGUUGCUGGAAAAGGGCAGCAUAAUGCGGCAGGGGAAGGGCCAGCUGGAGCUGCAGCAGCUGAAGCAGUUUGAACGGCUGGAGCAGGAGGUGUCACGGCCCAUAGACCACGACCUGGCCAACUGGAUGCCAGCCCAGCCCCUGGCCCCGGGCCGGACGGGCGGCCUGGGGCCCUCGGACCGGCAACUGCUGCUCUUCUACCUGGAGCAGUGCGAGGCGAACCUGACCACGCUUACCAACGCUGUGGAUGCCUUCUUCACCGCCGUGGCCACCAACCAGCCCCCCAGAAUCUUCGUGGCACACAGCAAAUUUGUCAUCCUCAGCGCCCACAAGCUGGUAUUCAUCGGGGACACACUGUCACGGCAGGCUAAGGCGGCCGACGUCCGCAGCCAGGUGACCCACUACAGCAACCUGCUGUGUGACCUCCUGCGCGGCAUCGUGGCCACCACCAAGGCCGCUGCCCUCCAGUACCCGUCGCCUGCCGCCGCCCAGGACAUGGUGGACAGGGUCAAGGAGCUGGGCCACAGCACCCAGCAGUUCCGCCGGGUCCUGGGCCAGCUGGCAGCUGCCUGAGAGCCGUCAGCCAGAGGGCGAGGGGAGGAGGGUGGUGACGGGCCCCAGAGAGCCGCCGUGCCGCGGGCGUGGGGACAGGCGACCCCAGCUCCACCCGGGCCUGGUGCCCCAGACUGUACAGGGGUUUGUGUAUAUUUAUGGCGGGGCAGGAUGUGGGACGGUGCCUCCUCAAAGGAGCCCGAGCAGAGCCGGGCCCCGGAGCCCAGGCCAGGAGUGGCUGGCCGUCUUUCCUGAGCGUGUUGAGGGCCCGCGGGGCCCAGCAUUCGGGGCCGGGCUGGGGGCUCGCAGACCGCUUGACCCACACAGCCUCAGGUGAUCCCUCGGGCUGACCAGCCCCAUGAGGGUGCCGUCCCCCUGGCAGGGCAAGCGUGGCUGUGGUGUAUUCUCUCUGCACCAGGAGAAAACCCUAAAAAACU